AUGGAAUCAUCCGUGAUAACCCCAGAGGAUGUUUUGGAAUCGCUGAUGAACGACGGAACAAUCGACGCGAUUAGAUUGAAAAUCAUUAAUCAGUUAAAAGCCAAUGAGGAGUUGAAGAAUAACACUAUAAAAAUGGUGGAGCAGAGUAAGGUUCUUAAUACUCCUGGUGCAGAAAAACAGACAAAGCGCGAACUGUUUGAUGCAAUUCGGCAGGAGCUUGAAACUCCUGUGCUUGAAAAGGCUUCUAAAUCUGUGUGGGAGUUAAUAUUGGAUCAGAAUGGUUUGGGGAAGGAGAUCAGCGAACUUGUUGAGAAAGUCUUUUGCCAACUAAGUGGCCGUGAACCUCCAUUGUUUCCUCCAACAUGCAGUGAAGCCCAUCCGGAGAAAGAGAGAGAUGAUACACCAACCUCUUCGUCCAAAAAGAGAAGUUUUAGUGAGAUGAGCAAGGAAGAUACAGAUGAAGUUGCACAAGUUUCAGCAGACGAACCAGUUGUACCACAGAGUAUUAAUGCACUUACAUCACCCAAAUAA